CCUCGCGUGCUAAAGAUGCCCCGGGAGGCGGCGAGGCCUCCGCCUGGGAGGAUGUCGCGGCCGCAGAUCAUCCACAGCGGCCACUUCAUGGUGUCGGAGCCCCACGCCGACCCGGACCCGGACCCCGAGGCGGCUCUGAGCCAGCCAGGCCAAGGCGCCCCGCCGAGCGCGGCGGAGCGAGCGAGAAGGACCGGCUCCACGCGGAAGACCGCGGCCGGGAAGGCUGGUGACGGGGCCCAGCUGACCGCCGCCGCCGCCGCCGCUUACGACUUCGACACGGUGAACGAGGCCGCGUGCCUGUGCUACCGCUACGGGCCUCGAAGCAGCGGAGCCCUCAGCAUCGACCCUUCGCUCACGAAGCUCUUCGAGUGCAUGACACUCGCCUACAGUGAGAAACUUGUCUCUCCCAAAUGGAAAACCUUCAAAGGGCUGAAACUGCUACAGCGUGACAAGAUUCGACUCAAUAAUGCAAUCUGGAGGGCCUGGUAUCUGCAGUAUGUGGAGAAGCGGCAGAACCCAGUGUGCAGUUUUGUGACCCCACUAGAGUGCAGUGAUGUAGAUGUGCACCGCAAGCCUGAGGCUGUCAUCAUGGAAGGAAAGUACUGGAAACGCCAAAUUGGGGUUGUCAUAAGGGAAUAUCACAAAUGGAGGUUGUUUUCCUAUACCCAGGCUUCAAAGAAGAUGGAUAAACCCGUCUAUGGUUCUGCUCAGGAAGUAGCUGAUGAUGUUCCAAGGGCAGAGCUGAAAACGGAUGGAACAGAUGCAAGCCCCAUGGACCUCGAUCCCUUGCAUGACCUGGAUGCACUUCUGGACACCUUCAUUUCUAGCCGCAACCCUUAUGGUGGCCCCAACCUCCGUGGCCUUGCUCACCAGGGAAAUGCAGAUAUGAUCCAGCCCACACUGACCCAACUGCACCCCAUCUUUGGGGAGGAGUUUAUGGACUUGGACCCCAUUCAAGAAUUCAUCACUUCCUGUCGUUCUCAAACCAUGAUCCAGGCUCCUGCAGUAACGGAUGCUAGUGCCUUGAACCAGUGCAACUCAGAUGAACCUCUCAUUGCCCCUGGGACCAAGGAUCUCCCACCGCCUGGAGACUCUCUCAACCCCAUUCCCAUCUCACUGGAUGUGGAGCCGCCUAUACCUUUGAAUGGACAACAGACCUUCCUGCCAUUCUUCCCCACCUCCCCACUGAGGAUCAGCCCGCCGCCUGUCUCUCCCAUCUUGCGCAUGCAGCCUCAAACCACUUUGGUCUUCUCUGUCAUCACGCAUACAGGAUCAGAAACAAACUCCCCGCCUAUAUUUCGGGACACUUUUGCUGUGCCAGUCUCUGCUCCUCCACCCAAGGAUGGGAAAUGCAGACACCUGCAACAGAUUGCUCCAGCACCCUUCUCUAGCCAGCAGCCAGCCCUUUCCGGUGCUCCACUCCCCUGCCUGCUUGCAACUGGUCCUGCCCCACUGCCCCUCACUCCAGUCAUGAACUCUGUGCAGGUGUUUGGUGUCCCAAAGCCGCCUGCGAAUAUGCUGAACUCAUUCUCGGCAACGGUGAAGUCUCCUCCACUUGCCUCUGCUGCUGCUUCCCCUGACACUGGUGCGAAAACCAAGGAGAGAGCUGAGGACAACACACUCUGCAAACCCCAGGAAGUGGACAAAUGCUGUACUGCCAAGGGAAGUCGCAGAUCAACACUUACCUCAGCUGACUAUGCCCGCCGUAGGGUCAUCAGCUCCGGCUUCAACACUCUUGCCAGUCUGGUGUUGACAGGACCUGAUCAAAGCAGCACUAAGUUCAGCAAAGCAAUGCUCCUGCAGAAAAGUGCAGCACAUGUGGAAAGACUGCAGCAAGAGCGCCGACAAGCUCAGGAGACAGUUGAAAGACUACGUGGGGAAAUCAAAGAGCUGAGCACUGCCAUUGAUGACUUUCAGCGCCAGCUUCCACCUACGGGAGCUCCUGUGCUGCCACCACAGUCGGAUCAGGCUUCUCAACUCUAUGAAGAGUAUGUGCGCAAGCGCACCCUGCAGGACUGGCGCUUCUGGCUUUUCAGCAUGGUGAUUAAGCCACUCUUUGAGAGCUACACCAGGACAGUGAGCACAGGCAGUGUCAAGGAAUUCUGCGACUCAGUGUUGAGCUGGUUGGAGCAGCACUGCACCCUGCCCAUCUUGCGUCCUGCUAUCUCUGGCUCCCUCCUGCAGCUAAGCAAGAUCACAUCCAUAUUGACUCGGCCAACCCAGUUGCGUGAACAAGCCCUGCAAGCGGUAGCUGGGCCCCCACACCGCAAGAGCAACAGCUAGGAUGAAGACCAGGUCCAGUGCUAUAUGGACACCCUCACACACUACCAGGAAAUCCAGCAGCAAGGACCUCUAUCUCAGGAAUUCAUUUGCCAUGCAACAAAGAAGCU